AUGACUGGUGCUGGUGCUCCUCAAACACGGCACACUUCCCCAAUUGUACGAAACUCGACGGAUCUUCGGUCUUCACCAACCGGGGCUCCACACCCGACGCCACUCCCAUCUCCUGAGUUGCCGCCGCUUUCUGCUCCACAACCGAUGAACUCUCUUUCUCUCGUUCCUUUCUCCUCCUCCUGCAACUCUUCUACCCUACCAAAACUCAAACCUUUGUACACACUUCAUCAUCACCCUUACAUAAACAUCAACCAGGUCAUCUCUCUCUCUCUCUCUCUCUCUCAGUUUAUUUUGUUGUUGUUGGUGCUUGAUUUGAGUUCUGAAACCCUAGCUAUGUCCGUGUGUAUCCGUUUGGGUUUUUCUUUCUAUAGAAGCGGAGAAUCAGAAAUGGAAGAUGAAGGGCGGAGUUAA